AUGGCGGCUUCCCAUGAAGCAUCCGAUUCUUCGCAGGUUGAUGCACUCCACUGGGGGCUGCAGUGGUGGCUGCUGAGCUUGCGCAGAGGGAGGGCGCUGAGGAGGAGGCGUGACAUUCCUGGUGGCUGGACGGCAUGGUGCAUGACGCUGUGGCUGGGGGCCCAGCUGCCGGACCCACCGGAAAAGAAGAAGGAGGUGCCAGCGGUCAGAAAUGAGAUGGGCACUUGUAAUAGCAUGACCCAUAUGACCCUGACCUUGGAAUUCUCCGAUGCUGACAUUGAUUCUCCUCAACCUGUGACAUUUGAUGUGGUGACAACAAAGUCCAACAUUCUGGACUCGACAGCUGUCAAUGCAGGUUGGCUGCCACUCUUUGGGCUGAAGAUCAGUUUGACUUUUGCAGAUGAGCUGCUGGAAACAGACACAGAGUCUGUGGACCGCUGCUGUCGGGGUUUUGUUCAGCGGAAGGCCUUGAACAUGCAGUUCAAGCUCUUCACUGGCGAGCACGACAUUCAAUCUUUCUUGUUGCAAAAGCUGCUGGAGAUGCUGGAGAAAUCCAUUGAGUGGUCUGGAGGAUCCAAGGAUGCAGAGCAACUCCACCAAAAGCUGAGAGGAUUGCAAACAUUGUCGAGGACGGGUGUUGCAGAUAUUCAGCCAGCACCAAAGGCGUGUCUAUUCCUGGGAACUGAAAACCCGGUUGGACGCGCGUCCUCUGAUCCAGAGAGUCAGCGAGCCAGGCAAGAUGCCAUGUGCUCUCCACCAAGUAGGUCUUGCAAGUCAGCAGAGGCUCUAAUUCAUGAACAGAGCCAGUUGCAGCAGACCUCGGUGAUGGGCACCGAUGAAAGAGAAGCAAGAAAGGCAAGGGCUUGGCGCCAAUCGAAGUUAGUCGCCAAUUUCCGCAAGCUUUGGCAUUCACAGCAGGCUACCAAGGACGUACGCCAGAACACUCAUGAUGUGCAGGCUUUGAAACCGAACCGGACAGGAUCAAAGAAGAAGAAGCAGACCAUGCCAACCAUUGAUGAGCAACCGGAUGAACCACCGAGCACCACGGAUGACAGCGAUGGUGGUGCGGAAUCUGAAGGUAGCAGCAAUGACUUUGGUGCCAUGGACUUUGCAGAGGUGCCUGACGACCUUCCUGCUGUGGCGCCUCCAGUGGCAGGUGUCGUGAAAUCAACACCUACACAACGACAAGGCUUGGGUUUGCGCUGA